AUGACACACGGCGACGGCGAGGAGCAGCGAAGCGGCGCGACCCACGGCGAGGAGCAGCGAAGCGGCGCGACUCACGACGACAAAGCGAGCUCGGACAGAGAGGGCGACAAACAGGAACCCUACAUGGCUACUCGCGGACGAGGUCGAACACGUACACGAGAAAGUAUAAAUGAGCAACCGGCUAACAACCAUGCCGAAUUCAUGGCGGCAAUGGCGAAUCUCAGGUUAGGCCAACCGGCGGGGAAUGGCAAUGGAAACGGAGAAGGAAAUGCCAAUGAUAAUGCUGAGGGAAAUGAUGAUAACACGGGAGGAUUUCCGAUGACCUUGGUGACGUUCCUUAAGGUUCAUCCGCCCACUUUCCGAGGAUCCACUAAUCCUACUGAAGCGGAUCACUGGUUUCAGGCUAUGGAGCGUGCUUUACAGGCGCAGCAUGUUUCCCUCAAUCAGUAUGUCGAGUUUGCCGCUUAUCAGCUAGCGGGAGAGUACCAGCCCUGGAAAGCAAAGGAGAUAGAACUGAUGCAACUGAAGCAAGGUUCCAUGUCUGUGGCAGAUUACUCCAACAAGUUUGAGGAACUCUGUAGGUUUUCUAGGGUAUGUCAAGGUGCCCCGGAGACUUACGAGAGCUGGAAGUGCAUUAAGUACCAGAGAGGUUUAAGGGAUAGCAUUAUGACUGCUGUGGCGCCCAUGGAGAUCCGUGUCUUCUCCGACGUAGUGAACAAGGCGAGAGUGGCGGAAGAAUAUGCCAAGACCGUGUCGGCAUCCAAGGACACUCAUGGAGGGAUCUCUAGUCGAGGGUGUGACAAGUAUUUCCAUCCUAGAGGUCAAAGCUUCAAAAGAGGAGGAUAUGCACCUCAAGGUCAAGGAGGUUUCAGGAAGAACACUCAGACUCAGUUUCAGUAUGCUAAGGGGAGAGGAAAUCAGAGUAAAAAUUCUAUGGAUUUGACUUGUGUACGUUGUAGGCAUUUCCAUCCUUAUGACUCAUGCAAAAUUGGUUUAGGUGGUUGCUUCAGUUGUGGGUUGCCUGGCCACAUUGCGAGGGAUUGCAUUCGUGGGAGGAACCAGAAUGCGGGCCAGAAUUAA